ACAUUUGGUGUUUUCUAAACUUACCGGUUACGGAAGUUUUCAGAACAAGGCCUUGUUUAGCCAAAUCUAAGCUAGUUUAUUGUGAACAUAACCUUUUUGAAAGAAAUACUAAACUUCUAGCUUAGAUCUUGUUAGAAAAUAUACUUGAAUCAACCAAUUCUAAGAACUUAAAAUACUUACCUCAUACUUUAGUUAAAAGUAAAAUGUGUGAAAAACAAUUAAAACUUCAAAUUGUUCUAAUAAUUUUAUGUUUUGUUUUCAAAGGUCUCCAUUCUUUUGAUGAUAGUCUUUUAUUCACUGUAACACGAGCUCCAAGAUAUUUUGGAAUUUUACAAGAUCAUCGCGGACAACCCCUGUCCGUGGAGAUUUCAGAAGAGUAUAUGGACCAGGAUUAUAUAGCUACAAACAGGAAGAGGCAUAAAAUCAAUUGGAACAAGAAUCCACUGGAUAUGGAUGACUUUGAUGACGAUGAGACUGAUGAAGUAUUUGAUGAAAAAGAUAAAGACGUUAAGCUACCUAACAAAUUUAAUCUACAAUCGGGUCUUGUAUAAACCAAUAUUUAUAAAUAAAUUAAUUUAGAUUUAAAUGGUU